AUGCCUCUUCCUACAGACGAGAAACUGCUCAAGACGUCUCAGGAUCUUGUCAACCAGCUUCACACUGCGUUUGGAAAGCACGCAGGCUACCGGGCCACACAUGCGAAAGGCUUGCUUCUUAAUGGCACCUUCACCCCAAGUGCCCAUGCCCAAGCUCUGUCCAUAGCACCGCACCUCAACAAUCCCUCCACCUCUAUCACGGUCCGCUUUUCUUCGUCGACUGGGAUUCCGCAAUUACCGGAUGCUGAUCCUAACGGUGAGCCCCGUGGAAUCGCAAUUCGAUUCAACCUUGGGGAACACAGUCACACAGACAUCAUUGCUCACUCCACCCCACACUUUCCUGUCCGCACUGGUGCCGAGUUCCUCGAACUUCUGAGAGCUAUAGGCGCCUCGCCGCCCGGAACACCAUCUCCCAGCCCCAUCGAGACUUUCCUAGGAUCCCAUCCAGCGGCGUUAGCUUUCGUUUCCGCGCCAAAGCCCAUCAAGGGUAGCUUUGCGUUUGAAAGCUACUAUGGACUGAGUGCCAUAAAAUUCAUCAAUAACGAGGGAAAGGAGACCUAUCUGCGUUACCGUGUGCUUCCAGAAUCGGAAGGAGAGGCUUUAGAUGACGCUGCACUGAAGGUAGCGGACGUGAAUUUUCUGCAUGAGGAAAUCAGGAAGCGUGCAACAGAGCAGACAAUUUCAUUCAAGAUCGUGGGACAGGUGGCACAAGAAAGGGACGGGACAGAUGAUGUGACCGUGCAGUGGCCAGAAGACAGAAAGCUUGUAGAGCUGGGUACUGUCCGGAUCGAUUCUUUAGAGAAGGACGAUGCCAAGCUCCAGAAACACAUCAUCUUCGACCCGAUUCCAAAUGUGAAGGGCAUUGAGCCAUCUAAGGACCCAUUGUUUGACUUGAGGGCUGCCGUGUAUUUAAUCAGCGGCCGCGAACGCCGUGCUGCAUAA